ACCACAACCCGGCCAGGACACUCAGCAUGGCCUCUGAACGGGAUGGAUCCAACACGACCACAGGUCUGGCCAACCAGUUCGUGCAGCCAGCCUGGCGCAUCGCCCUCUGGUCCGUGGCGUACAUCACGGUGCUGGCAGUGGCCGUUUUUGGAAACUUAAUCGUGAUUUGGAUCAUCCUUGCGCACAAGCGGAUGAGGACUGUCACCAACUAUUUCCUACUGAACCUGGCUUUCUCGGAUGUUGCGAUGGCGGCGUUCAACACGCUCAUCAACUUCAUCUACGCGGCUCACGGAGAGUGGUACUUUGGAGAAGUGUACUGCAAGUUUCACAACUUCUUCCCUGUGACCGCUGUGUUUGCCAGCAUCUACUCUAUGACAGCGAUAGCCAUAGACAGAUAUAUGGCGAUUAUUCACCCACUGAAGCCUCGUCUGUCUGGGAAAGCCACUAUGGGAGUCAUCUUCUGUAUCUGGAGCCUUGCCGUGGUUUUGGCCUUCCCUCUUUGCUACUUCUCCACCACCAUAACAUUACGGGGCCGGACCUUUUGCUACGUGGCCUGGCCCCGUAUGACCAAUGAUUCCUUCAUGUAUCACAUCAUUGUAACAGUCCUGGUAUAUCUUCUGCCUUUAGUAGUGAUGGCUAUAACAUACACUAUAGUGGGGGUGUCGCUGUGGGCAAGUGAGAUCCCUGGAGACUCGUCUGAUAGCUACCAUGGACAGCUCCGAGCUAAAAGGAAGGUUGUGAAGAUGAUGAUCAUUGUAGUGUCGACCUUCGCUCUCUGCUGGCUGCCGUACCAUGUCUACUUCAUUGCGACAGUUCUCACCAAGCAUCUGAGCAAGUGGAAGUACAUCCAGCAGGUUUACCUCUCUGUGAUGUGGCUGGCGAUGAGCUCCACCAUGUACAAUCCCAUCAUCUACUGCUGCCUCAACAACAGGUUCCGGGCUGGUUUCAAGCAGGUUUUCCGCUGGUGUCCAUUUGUCCGGAUGUCGAGUUACGAUGAGCUCGAGCUCCGGAACGCGAGACUUCGACCGUGUCGCCAGAGCAGCAUGUGCACCCUCUCUCGAGUUGACACCAGCAUCGUGAGCAAAAGCAAGAGCAUCUGUUCUCGCGGAAACAAGUCAAAACCAAAACCCGAGCAGGAUAAUAAUGAUAGUUAGACUCCACCAGACACAGUCCACUUAACUGCUCUGAAAAUAGAUCGCUGUUAUGUUGUUUUUUCUUUGUAAACUGGUUUGAUAAAAGAUAAAUUAACUAUGAAAGCUGUGGUUACUUGCUAAAACGACUAAAUUUAAGUCGAUCUUACACUACUUUGCGGGGGUUUUCAGAUUGUGAAGCAUACUUUCUCAAGAAGUGGGGGGGGGGGAGCAGAAAAGCAAAGGGAUAAAUGUGAGAUUUAAAUCAGCCAAAAGAGAAAAUGUUGAAAAAAGGAGGAAGUUGUUUGGUGCUUUCACAUGACCGGAUGUAGUGGACCAGACAACAAGAUUAAGUUAGUUGUCGGAGGCAAUUUCAGUGUUUACACAGUCUAAAAAAUGAAAGUGAACGAAAGAGAGAGAGGUACUGUCUUUCUGGAUUAUGAUUUUGGUCAAAAUCUACAUAAAGCUGCUUGAAAAAUCACAGAAAUAUGUUUCCAUGUGACAUUGUAGAAGUUACCAGAAAGUCACCGGGCCCCAACAUGGGUAUGAAAUAUCAGCAGUGGUGAAAUUACAGUAAAGCGGUAGAACUGAACCAUCAGUAAAAUGUGGUCCGGUAGUUUGCUAAAUAAAGAACACAAAACAAAUCAUUUUAUUAUUCAAAGUGGGUUUAUUUGUGUAAACAAAAACAAAACAUUAAAUACUAGUUUUAAGUUUGCAAAAUGUUAUUCCAGGCAGGGGUAAAAAUGUCCAUGUGGUUGGUUGAUAUUUAUCCAAUAUUCUGAUCACAAUGAGUUAUGUGAAAUGUCAUUUUGACAUUUGGGAUGGUUAAGAUGAACAUUUGUGUUCAGGAUUUGAGCCAAAGUACUUUAAAUAUGUGUAGGAAUUUAAUAUUUCUAUCUCUGGGAAGAUAUUUGUGUCUAUUUUUCAUUUUUUGUAUUUACUCAUUUAUUUACGUUAGAUGUCCAUCUCUAUGAAGGUACUUGAGAGCACAAAUGCACAAAACACACUCAGAGGAACCAGACUUAUUCAGUAAUUGGGAUCGCUAGCAGCGCAGACUAGAUGUUGCCACAGAAAAUAAGAAUAAUUUUUACAGUAAUGGAGACCAAAUAUUUAAAAUUGCUUUUUGAUUUUUAUUAUUUAAUCAUGUGCUCUAAUGUGCUUAUGAUAGAUAUAGUGCACAUAGGACACUCUCACUUCUCACUAAAGUAGCUUGAAUGUUAUUCCUUCAAUAUUAAUGCUCUUACAAGUAUUAUAUUGUUUCUGAUUUCAAAAGGAUGUGAGUUGACUACUACCUGUUUUUAAUGACAGUUUCUCAUUCAGAAGUGCUCUCUGAUGUAAAUCUUGUUAGUUGGAGGAUGCAUCUUUAAAACAUCAGCUUUUCUGACUAUGCCAGUUAUUGCAGUAUAGUGGAUUAUUCUGUUUACUUGGUUACUACUUGUAACUGUACCUGUUAUGAUUUGGUGCAGAUUCAAAUGCACAUAGACAUCCUGGCCAGCUCAUAACGUCUGUGUGUGUGUGUGUGUGUGUGUGUGUGUGUGUGUGUGUGUGUGUGUGUGUGUGUGUGUGUGUGUGUGUGUGUGUGUGUGUGUGUGUGUGUGUGU